ACCAUAUUACCACCAACAUGGGAAAUUGUAACUGAAUCUUUAGCACAAAAUUUCUUAUAUUGUCUAAAUCAACUUGAUAGAUUACCAGGUGGUCAAAUCAUUCUUAGAUAUAUUAAACUGUCUUAUCAAGAUGAUCCAAUAAGAUCACUUUUUGAAUUAACAUUAUUUAUAUUUGCAUUAUCAUAUUUCUUUAGUGCAAAACGUAAAGAAAAUAAAGCAGAAUUACUCAAAUUAACUAAAACUGAAAUUGAUGAAUUAUGUGACGAUUGGAUACCUGAAUCUUUAAUUGAAGAUAUUACUCCCUUGGAAAAUUGGAACUUAAAAUCAAUUCCAACUAUUAUUGGUAAAAAUGGUGCUCAUGUAACCCUUGAACAAUCUGAAGGAACUAUAGUAAAUUUAGCAUCUCAAGAUUUUCUUAAUCUUAAUGAAAAUGAAAACCUUCAUGACGCAGCAAGAAUAGAAAUUAGUAGUGCUGGUGUUGGUGCUUGUGGUCCACCAAAUUUUUAUGGUACUCAAGAUGUUCAUGUUAGAUUAGAAGAAGAUUUAGCAAAAUAUCUCGAUACUGAAUUAGCUAUCAUUUAUGGUCAAGACUUUGUUACUGCUGGAUCGGUUAUUCCUGCAUUUUUGAAAAGAGGUGAUUUAUGUGUGGUUGAUAGUGGUAUUAAUAUUGCCAUUCAAAAAGCACUUAUUGUUAGUCGUGCUGAUAUUGAAUGGUAUGAUCAUAAUGAUAUGGACCAUUUAGAAGAAAUCUUAUCUCAAUUAAAACCGGUAUUGGAUAAACAAAAACCAAUUAAAAGAAGAUUUAUCAUUACUGAAGCUUUAUUUGCUAAUACUGGUGAUAUUGCUAAUUUACCAAGAAUUGCUGAAUUAAAAAAUGAAUAUAAAUAUAGAUUAUUUUUAGAUGAAUCACUUUCAAUUGGUGUAUUGGGUGGAACUGGUAAAGGAUUACCUGAACAUUAUGGAGUUCCUCGUUCGGAAAUUUCAAUCACAAUUGGUUCAAUGGCAAAUUCAUUUGCUUCUUCUGGUGGAUUCUGUGUAGGUGUUGCUCCAAUGGUUAUCCAUCAAAGAAUUCAAUCUAAUGCUUAUGUCUUUAGUGCAUCAUUACCUCCAUAUUCAGCAAAAGUGGCUUCUCAAGCAAUUAGUGAAAUUUGUAAUAAUUUAGAUUCAACCACUGGUAAAUCUAAAUUAUUAACUAAUUUACAUUCAAAUACAAUUUUUGCAUAUGAAAGUUUGGAAAAAGUAUUAAAAGGUACGAAAUUAUUCAUAACUUCAGCUCCUCAAUCUCCAAUGAUUCAUAUUCAAUUAACUCAAGAAUUCCGUCUGCAAUUAGAUUUACUGCCUUAUUAUGGAAAUACAACUUUUUUAACUAAAUCAAAACCUUCAAAGAAUUUAAAUGAAUUUGAUGAAUAUUUUAAUCUUGAAUCAUUUAUAAUGCAAAAAAUUAUUGAUUAUGUAUUAAAAAAUUCAGGAAUUUUAAUAACUAGAACUAAAUUAAUUCUUGAACAUGAAAAUUUACCAGUUUUACCUCCUCAUUUAUUAAUAAAUAUAAACACUGGUAUUUCAAAGGAAGAAAUCACUCGUUUGGUUAAUGUAUUACCAAAUGCAAUUGAACAUACUUUAAGCAAUAUUGAAACUGUGGAUGAUUUGUUUACCUUGACUAAUGAGAUAAUUGAUUAUUAA